CGGCGGCCCGCAGGCCGCAAGCAGCCCUCCCGCGCCGGCUUCAAGAUAUCGGAGCUCGAGAGCAUGUUCAACUCUGGCGCCUUUCUUGACCACGUGUGCAGCGUCGCGCGCGAUCAGGCCGGUUGCCGGAUGCUGCAGCUGAGGCUCGAGAAGGCCGUCGCCCAGGGGAACACCGAGAUGCUCGGCGCUAUCCUCGACAGGUGCCUGCCCAGCGUCGUAGAUCUCAUGAUGGACCCGUUCGGGAACUACCUCUGCCAGAAGCUGAUGGAGCUGUGCACCGCGCAGCAGCUCGAGGCGAUGGUGGAGCGCGCGCGCGGGUCGCUCGUGAAGGUCUCGCUCAAUCUGCACGGGGCCCGUGCCGUGCAGAAGCUGAUCGAAGCCGCCCAGCGGGCGCCGAACGCGCAGCGCCAGCUGGCUGUGGCGCUGGACGGCGCGGUGGCCGGCCGGCCGCGUCGGCAGCCAGUCUUCGGGCAGCGGGCCGGCAUGGCGGCAGAGCUCGAGGAACCGAAGAAGCCGCAGAACCCCUACUGGAUCUGGCUCAGCGAGAACCGGGAGGCGCUGGCGAAGGAGGCGGGGAGCGGGAAGGCACCAGUCAUCGGCAAGCUCGCGGGCGAGAGGUGGAAGGCCCUGUCGGCGGCGGCCAAGAAGCCGUUCGAGGACAAGGCGGCGAAGAGCAAGGCUGAGUACGAGGCGGCCAUGGAGAAGUUCAAGGCCGCCGGGGGCCAGGUCGGCAAGCGGCGCCUGGAGAAGAAGGAGGCGAAGGAGGGGAAGGCGGCCAAGAGCAGCAGGAAAGCAAAGAACGAGGCCGAUAAGGCGUCGGGGAAGCCGUCGCGGCCGCAGAACGCCUACUGGAUGUGGCUCGCCGAGAACCGGGCGGCGCUGACGAAGGAGGCGGGGAACGUGAAGGGGUCCGCAAUCAGCAAGCUCGCGGGCGAGAGGUGGAAAGCUCUGCCAGCGGCGAAGAAGAAGCCCUUCGAGGAGAAAGCCGCGGAGUUGAAGGCCACGUAUGACAAGGCCCUGGCGGAGUGGAAGAAGACCAACGGCGGCGGUGGGGGCGGGGACAAUGACGACGAGGAGGAGGGCGCGGGCACCGCCGCGCCCGCCGAGAGGUCGCGCGAGAGCCCGGCGGAGCUGGCGGACAGGCACCUAAGCAGGGCCCUGCUGGCGUUCGACGAGCUGCGCGACGAGCGCGAGGUGGCCGUCUGCCACUUCCACAUGGCCGACCUCGCGCUGCAGGAGCAGCGGCUCCCGGGCGCCGCGCCGCUGCCGAGGGCGCGGCUGGCCGCCGCGCUGCGCCACGCGCGGCGGUCCGCCGCCUACUGGGAGCGCGAGGGCCCGCUGAGCUACGCGAAGGACCUCGUCGCGGCCCACGUCAAGAUCGCCCGGCUCCUGGAGUGCCAGCAGCGCGCCGGCGCCGCCGCGGAGGCGCUGGAGCACCUCCAGGGCGCGGAGGAUGGGCUGCUGGAGCAGGCGCUCGCCGGCGCGGGGCCCGCCGCCGGCGGCGGCCGCCCCGCGGAGGGUGGGGGCGGCCAGGAG